AUGAAGAAUAACAGUCCUGGACAGGAUGAGGUGGAAACGGAGGCUAUAAAGCUGGGAGGACCAAUUUUGAUAAAGAAGAUCCUAGAACUUUUCAAUCUAUGCCUACAAAAUCAGAAAAUCCCAAUCUCAUGGAACGACUCUCUUACGAUAUUGCUCUAUAAAAAAGGAGACAAAACAAGUCUAGAAAACUACAGGCCAAUCAGCUUGCUUGAUCAUCACCUCUACAAGUUGUACACCAGAAUUCUUACAAAUAGAUUAGAAUCGAAAUUUGAGCUCUACCAACCAAGGGAGCAGGCUGGAUUUCGAGCUGGUUAUAGCACCAACGACCACCUACAGUGCUUGAAAACCUUAAUAGAAAAAACUAUUGAAUAUAAUAGACCUUUAGUCCUGAAAUUUGUUGAUUUCCACAAUGCAUUUGAUACAGUAGAAUUAACGGCCAUUAAAAAGCAUUAA